AUGUCCUCAAAACUCACCCGCUUCGUCAACAAUGGCGCUGGUCUGGAAAAGACUCUACGCCUGAUCCAGUCCGUAGCGCAGAUCGCCGCAGUUUUCACAGUCGGCAGUACUGCCGUGCAAUUGACGACCGCCAAGUUGCAAUUGGCUCUGACUCGACGAUUCUUUCGCUUCUUUGGCUUCCUCCAAUCGUUCGAGCGGGUAUCUACCCUCCUUACGAACGGGAGUAUUGGAUCCGUAGCCGGGUGGAUAGACCUCGCCAAAUGGACCUGCUUCAGUCUGUACUUUGUACUUGAGGAUUUGACAAUUUUGCAUGCUAUGGGCGUCUAUGCGGUGCCAUGGGAGGAACGGGUCAUGCGCGAGGCCAAUACCUUCUGGUUCUUUGCAAUUUCGUUCUCGCUUGUUGGCUCUGUUUAUGCGCUUCUGUUCUCUGGGGCUGCUGAGCAGAAGACCAAGUCCAAACAUAGUGAGAAGAAGAUCAACGAGAAGACUGGAAAGGCUGAGAAAGCUGCGGAGGCUGAAAAGCCUGCGCCUGGUGUUAAUACAUCGUUGUUUAUGAAACAGAUUAUGGUGGAUGGGUGUGAUAUUUUACUCCCCGUGACACUUUUGGGUUGGUAUCAUCCUGGAGAUCUUGUCGUGGGUGGCACUAUGGUGUUGAGUACGUUGUUGACCGGGUCGAGCAUUUGGGCUCAGGUAUGA